AUGACUGUACCUCCCACUCCUGAUUUUGAAAACAUCCAAGGCGAUAUUUGGCCUGGUCUGACAAAAAAGUACCAAAUCUUUUGGUUUUUUCGGAUCGAAGAUGCCGAUGCCUUCAAGCCUAGUCUCUUACAGUUGCUGGAUGAUAAAGUCAUUACCUCUUCUGCGGAUGCGCAAGCACACAGGGAGGACAUAAAGAGGGCUAAAACCUCGCAGCCGGGUACUUUGCUCCAACUGGCUGCGGUGAACAUCGCUUUCAGCUUUAAGGGAAUGCAAAAGCUGUCCAACGACAUUGACGGCUUCAGGGAUGACCCGUUUCGCAAGGGUAUGGAGGGUGAUAUGGUAACUGAGGGUAGAGAUAAAAUUGAGGAAUGGAUGAAUGAGUUCAAAGCGGAAAAUGGUGGUGUUGACGGCGUGGUAUUGGUGUGCGGGACUGAAUCGACAGUCAAGGCGACUAUGCAAGAGCUAGCUCAAAAGUAUUUCAGCUCAAAGCAAGGAAUCACGCAAAUCAAGACUCUCGAGGGAAGAGAGCGACCGGGCGCGAACGCAAAGCAUGAACACUUCGGUUUCCUCGAUGCCAUUUCACAGCCUCGUUUGAAGGGCUUUGAUAAGCAAUGCGAGAAGGGGGAUGGAAACUACCAAUUCAUGUGCCGUCCGGGCCGCAUUAUCGUCGGACAUGAUGGAGAUAUGAACAACGAAGCCAAAUCUCAACACCCUCCCUGGGCCAAGGAUGGCAGCUACCUCGUUGUCCGUAAACUCAAACAGUUUGUGCCCGAGUUCAACAGCUACCUGGAAUCCGAAGCACCUAAACUCAACUUUACUGGAGAGCAGUGUCCAUUUGCUUCGCACAUGCGCAAGACCAAGCCCCGAAGCAUAGUCGUCGAUAGAGAUAUGAAUGAUAUCAUGCGUCGCGGUAUUCCCUACGGACCUGAAGUCGGAAUUGACGAGACCAAGACCGAGCAAGACCGUGGUCUCAUGUUCACAUGCUACCAAUCCAGUAUUGGAAACGGCUUUCAGUUUCUGAAAAGGAGCUGGAUCAAUUUGGAUACAUUCCCAGCCGACAAGACUAAGUUUACUGGUGGUGUCAACCCAGGACAAGAUGCUAUCGUGGGCCAACUCGUCAAACCUAUUUUAAAGGAAAAACACAAACGCCUGACCACAGCCCUUGUCGACGGUAAUGGACAGAAUAGCGAGACCUCCUUCCAACCCUUCAUUCAGUCCAAUGGUGGAGAUUACUUUUUCUCUCCAUCUCUAAGCCUUAUUGGAGAGCUGGGUGGAAGGCCAAUGGUUAAUUGA